AGUUUCGUCACACACAAAUAGAACACAGGACAAUUUUUUCGCCCAGAUUUUCGGUCAAAAUGAGCCUGUUUCGGUGGAAUUCUUGUUCAAAAAUAAGUUCGAUUGUAGGCAGAAAGUGAAUCUUCACAAUAUAGUGCAGUAAAUAUCGAAUUUAACUAGGAAGUUUUUGGUGCGAUGAAAAUGAAAAUAAGUUACAAAAUUGUGCUCAUUAAAUGGUGUCAAAAGAAAGAAGAGCUGGGAGAAUUUGAUGAACGACGUCUGGUGUGACGUCUGCGGUUUGUCUACAAGAAACUGAUAGAUCAUAGAGCGAUCGAGUGUGUAGUGUAAAAGAAAUUUAGGUGUUUCCUCGUUUGCCAUAUCGAGCAUUUUUGUAAGUUUUAUGCCUUUCUAACUACUUGCCAUCUUUUUGGAAAAAACCGACCUACUUUUUGUUGUGAUGCCUAGAGUUUUGAUGACUUCGCAUACCUAGGUCUACCCACAAGUAAAGAAAAAGAGCAUACCAAAAUAGUGCGUCGCGAUUGAGGCAGUCGGCAGAGGCUAAAUUAUCUAACCAUUUACCUGCAACGCAUGCAUAAAAAAUCGACCGUAAUAACCAAAUCUACCACCGCUCGACCGAACGAACAGAGAAACAACGUAAACCCAAAUGAAUACUUCGACGUUCGCUGCUUCUGGCGAGGAUAGCACCGAAUGGUCCACCCUGCACUGCAGCAAGGAUGCAUUGACCGAUUUUUUCGGCUGGUUCCUGCAGGGCAUCUUGGCGACCCUUGCGUUUACAUGCUUAAUCGGAAAAAGGUUCUGCGAGCCACUUUACAACAGACGUUCCUGGGAAACAUGGUGGUACGACACAUCGAAGCAAGGAAUUGGCGCUUUAGUUAUCCAUAUGACCAACGUGUAUUUAGCCCCAUUAUUCCAGGGGGACCCCUGUACCUGGUAUAUCAUCAACUUUUUGUUGGAUUCCACCAUUGGUUUAUUCAUAAUCUACAUUGGAAUUAAGACCUGUCAGUAUUUAGCACGCAAGAAAAAAUGGGAUGCGAUAAACUUUGGCGAAUAUGGAGCACCGAAAUCUUGGCUCUAUCAAACCUGGAUCUACGUAGGACUGAUGGCGGUUGUUAAACUGAUAACGACUCUGUUCAUCCAGCUCGAUAUCUGGGAUAACGUGAAAAACUUUGUUCUGUCUCCUUUCAAAGAUCCACGAAUUGAACUAGCGGUAGUAAUGCUGGUCAUUCCCUUCUUUGUCAAUAUCCUAAUCUUUUGGGUUACCGAUAAUUUCCUGAUGCGGCAUACGCGAAAGAAGCGCACUGCCGGAACGACGCAUAACCACGGAAGGGAGCACAGUUUGCUGCAAAAAGUAAAAUACAAAAUGAUACAAAAAACCAAACCUAAUGACUCAGAAUCUGAUACUCUUUUAUCAGGCGAUGAAGAAAUAUUAAAUUUUAGAGCAUCCAGCAGCGCCAUUUCUUCGUCGCAUCUGCUGCAAAUGGCCAAUGGGUGCUCGUCGUCGUCGGCAGCGGCCAUGGAUGAUACGGCUAUCAUCCUCACCUCAUCGGCGGCAUCACCUAGCAGUAAGCAAAAUGUCCAACAGCGAACGAGUGUGAUCAAUAUUUAACGAAGGUUUUUGUUUUUGGUUUCUCCAACAAUUUUUAUACUUUAUCAGUAAGAGAUGUAUAGUCUGAGAAAAUGAAAAAUUAACAAAAAAAAAAAACAAACAUCAAAAGAAGAUGUGACCGUAUUUUUCAUUGUUAACACACAGAGAGAAAUGCAAGGCAAUAGAUAAGCUUAUAAUUUUUUCUUGUUAAAUACUAAAAGCAAACCAUGUGAUAUUUGUGUGUCUAUAUCUGCUAUAUAUGUAUAUUUACACAUUGGUUGCUAAAUGAAAUUGAGGAGCCAAGCUAAACUAGGGAACACAAUAGCGGAAGGAACGAGGCGACUUAACCGUUGCCCACUGUUAAACUGAAUUCCAGUAAUUGAGAGCAGUGAUUAACGAGCCCGAGAUUGAAACGGAACUAAGCCCACUACGAGAUAGAUCACACUGUUGUUGAAUGCCAGGCAGGAAUCGAACAUUGUAUUUUUCUAGGGCUAAGUUAGGCUAAGCAACCAACAUUAACAAACUAUUGAAUAAUAUCAAAAAAAAAAGAUAAUACGGAUCGGUUUUUAUUUUUUAUAUACACGGAAAUCAAGGUAGGAUUAUAUUACCAACGUAAAUAAUAUAGUAGAUUUUGUAAAAUACAUGAAAAUAAAUAUCAA